AUGUCUGAGUUUGCCCAGGUCAUUCACUACGGUGAAAUGGCGCGACGAGGAUUUGUUCAGGAGCCUGGCAGAGGACGGGAGAUGUCCGGCCAGGCGACUCUGCUCAAGCCGCAGGAGAUCAGCAAUACACUGUGGGCCUAUGGCAAGCAGAAAAUUGCACACGAAGAGCUGUUCAAGGCCCUUGGCUGGUCAGCAUUCGAGUUGGUGUGGCAGUGCCGAUUCAAGCCUCAG